CUUGUAGUCCUGUGACAAACUGCAUGUUACCAGUUAUUUAAUAGUAUCUGCAUAUGGGGAGUUCCAAUUGGAAUCUUGGAUGUGACCGAGUAUUUCUGUAAGUGAUGAGAUAUGUUGCUGGCGCUUGCAAACAUCACAGGUCUGCAUUCUGACUCCUAAGAAACGAAACAGUAACUGGAAAUGAGGAAGAUUGGAACUUCUGUUCCCAUAGUGACCUGCAAGAGUCAUGUGAUCAGAGCAUGUAAAGCCCAGUGCACACUGGCUAGACUAGCAUUGCUUGCUUGUGCUGCUAAAGACAGAUUGUCAGGUAAGGUUUGCUAGUGUGCAGUUUGUUAUAACUCUAUAUACUGUAUGAUUCAUAGGACUGAGUGAGAUUUCAAUGGGAAAUAACUAAUUUUGUAGGUUUAUUUUAAUUAUUUUUAUUUUAUUAGAAAUAACAUACAGAAGAGAGCAAGUUGUUGCACUUAAAGGAUAGUGUAAUUUAAUUCGUAUCUGCUACCCAAUGAUCCCUUUGAGAGUGUGUGAGAGUGUCUAACACUUGCAUUUACCAAUUAUGUAAUGUGAUGGCAAAUUAGACUAAUAAGGGCAGGGAAUGUAUGAAUGAAUGCAUACAGGGAGUUUAUUCAUUUUAUUUGGUAUUGUGGUGAAUAACAAGUUUUAGUGCAAGUGUAAUAACCUCAUCCAAAUAUCCUGCAGUUUAUCCUCCUCUACCAACCUUCAGUGUGCACUCUGGGACGCCUGUUCCAUAGGUAGCAAUAUUAAAUCAACAGCCAUACACAACCUCUUCAUCUCUAAUUCCCUCACACUUCUUGCACUCACUGAGACCUGGCUGUCCCCCUCUGAUAGCGCUACUCCAGCUUCUUUAUGUUUCGGUGGACCACAACUCUCCCAGACUCGACUGUAAAGGCGGUGGUGUAGGCAUCCUUGUCUUCCCUUAAUGUAAUUUUCAACCUGUUAUCCCUGCUCCUGCCCUAUCCUUUACUGUCUGCAUAUUUAAGCCCACUCCUUUAAGAAUUGCCAUUAUCUAUCGCCCCCCCCCGGUCAUCCAUGGCUAUUCGUUGAACACUUUUCUUCCUGGCUACUCCACUUUCUCUCCUCUAGCACUCCUUCCCUUAUACUUGCGGACUUUUAACAUCUCAAUCAACAACCUAAACUGCCCUGAUGCAUCCCGUCUGCUCUCUGUUACCUCCUCCUUUGGCCUCACACAGUGCAGGAAAUACUCUUGACCUCAUCUUCACCAAUCUCUGUACCACCUCCAAUCUCUCCACUGUUCAUUUUCCUUUAUCUGACCACUAUCUGCUGACCUGUGACAUCGGCAUACCCCAUGCCCAAAUUUCACCAACCUAAACUCUGCAAUCGCGCAGAAACCUUUUCUCCACCAAAAGCAUUUCUCCACCAAACUCCAAACUCACCUUUUACCCAUCUCUAAUCUCACUUGCCCUAACUCGGCAACCUCACUCUACAACUCUCCUCUCAACUAGACAUCAUGGCACCUCCUACAUUUAAACAGGGGGGUCAGUGGCUGGGGGACUCCAAACAUUCUAAGCAAUUCAGAGAGAUGAAAUGGUUAUAGUGGCUACAGUGACUUUAAAAGCAAUUACAAAUCCAUUGCCAACUGGGAUCUCACCAUGUUUGAGGGUUUCUGUGAUACGGAAUCCAGAUUCAAUCUGGAUUCUGUCAUACGGGGAUUGUCCACAAAUGUUUAAACUCUACUAUUUAUAACUGUAUUUGUUCUUACAUAAUGUGAAACCAGCAAUAACAUAUUCAACAAAUUCCUUAGCCCAUUUGUUAAUCAAUGCCGAAAACUAGCACUUAAUCAUUGAAAAAUAGAGACAUAAAUUAUUGCUGUGUCUGCUUAAUAUUAUCUAGACCCAAAUUCCAUCUAUGAAAUGGGAUGUAAAACUGCACUCACAGCAUUUUCACAUCCUGUUACUUAUGAACAUGUUUUAGGUAAUUUUUAAUCUGGCAAAUGAAAUAGAACACAGAAACCCUAGGUAAUACUAAAUGGUUUCAUUUUGUGGACUUAAAAGAUCACUCUAAGCCAGGGGAGCCCAAUAGAUAGAUCCCCAGAUAUUGUAGAACUACAACUCCCAUGAUGCUUUGCAUGCCUUUAGAAUGACAAAGCAUCAUGAAAGCUGUAGUUUUAAACCAUCUGAGGAUCUACCUGUUGGGCAUCCCUACGCUAAGCAGUGUAGGCACAAUGGCUACUAGAACUUAUUAUGGUGUUUAUGGUGCUCUUAGGCUGUGGGUGUAGCCCCUCUGAUUGGUCAAACUGUUCCCAUGGGGAUUGACAAAAAAAAGAGGUAUUGGGUUGUAGUGGUUAUUGUACUUAUUGCUGCCCUUUAAUUAGUGUAGUUGUUUGUUACACACAAAACAAUAUGUAUUGAGAGUUGGGGCUAUCAAAUAAAUGAUCUUCUUUUAUUUAUUUCAACAGCAUCAUGGCGUCUGCUGUAAGGAGGUUGAAGGGUCUUGUGGCAGCAACUUUUACCCCAAUGACAACAAUGAGGUAUUAUUUAAAAUCACUCUCUCCCAGUAGUUUGAAUGUAUGCUCUUUUUUUUUUUUUUUUAAACGUUUAUAGCAAUUUUAUAUACACAUUGUAUAGAUUGGGGGGGAACUAUUUAAAGUUGCUUCCACCUGUCAAUUAAUUCUUUGGCCUAAACUCUGUGCUGAAGAAUUGAAUAACAAGAAGAGCAGAAGAGACCUCCUUGAUUAAACUCCUCAAAGGUGAUCUAUAAAUUAGAAUGCCAUCUACAAUAAUGCAAGUUGAAAGUUAUGUGAAAUAUUUCCAAAGCAAAGCACUGGCUUUAUUAUCUUAAUAGAGUCACCAUAAUAAAGCUAAUGAAAGCAGCGCAAGCUUGAGUGUGACACUGUGAUUGUCCAGUUUAUAGCAGGCAACCUGCAAUCGAGCUGAUUAGACCGUAUUUUAUGAACUGUUUAUUUGUGUCUGUAAUAUGAAGAGUGUGCUUUGAUGUGCAAACUCUCUCUCCAAGUGUAAAACAAUGAACGUGUGGUCAAACCAUUAAAGGAACACUCUAAGUACCCAAACCAUGUCAGGUUAAAGGGACACGAUAGUGUCAGGAAUACACACAUGUAUUUCUGACACUAUAUUGCUGGAAUGUAGCAUUAAGUUCCUGCCCCCCCCUCACUCCAGAGAUUAAGUAAUUUUACUUGCUUUUUCUCCCACGCUGCCUAGGUCUCGCAGUGGCUGGUCCUGCCUACGUGGCUGAGAUCAUCAUAGGAAAGCAUUGGGAUGCUAUUGUGCGUGCUUGGCAAAACGAUGUGCUGUGCCAUUCAGCAUUACCUCAUAGAUGCAUUGAAUCAAUGCAUCUCUAUGGGUAAUGUUCAGCACUUCCAUGCAUAAAGUUUUCUGAGAAAAGGCAGCAUUUACAUUGUUCCUAAUGACACUUCUAGUAGCUGUCACUCAAACAGCAAGAGGGACUUCCUGGUCCAGUCCUGCAAAGACUUUCUACAUCUUCAUGCUCAGCAUGAAGACGCCAUACAUUCCUCCUGUAGAUGCAUUGAGUCAAUGCACUCUUAUAAGGCGAUAUCUGAUUGUCGCACAUGUGCACAAGCCUGCCCCUCUUCCCAAUGCUUCCCUGAGGGGAAGCAUUCGAUUGACUAAGAUUAUCAGUAAUGAUGAUCUCGGGUUGGGGAAGGAGUGGUAGCCACGUGAGACUGGUGCAAUGGAGAACUAAAGGUAAGCAAUAAAGCUUUAUUUUGCCUUAUUGAGGUAAGCUCUGCAUCUAAAUCAUUAGUAUAACACUCUAACAUUAGGAAUACAUGGUUACAUUUAAAUAAUUACAUCCUGCAUUUUAGCAUUGACUUUUUAUUGGUAUUCUUUAUUUAUUAACCGGCAGUGUGGUGUUACAAUAACAAGUAGCUCAGCCGUAUUGAUUACAAAAUACAAAGCGUCAAGUUGCUAUAGCCUGUUUUUUGUUUGAAUCUGUACAUUUCAAGUGACGGUACGGUAUUCUAAUUGACGUUAGUUAGACAUUGUCACUGUGUCCUGUUUACCCAGUUGGCAUCAGGGACUUCUCCAUCAUCAUCCAGAUCACUCUGACAGUUCUCUCUACUUUUUAGCAUUGGUUUAGUAAGACCCUGUAGUUUUUAUUUUCUUUACCCAUCUUUGAAAACAUUCCUGACGCAAUUUGCUUGUGAAAUGGACAAUGCAAUGAGUUUUAUCCUAAAAAAGCAAAGUUGGUUAUGGUUCUCCAGGACCAGAGCUCUUCACAUCGCUUGCUUUAAAUUCUUGCAAACACAAUUUCCUCUUAAAAUAAGUAGAAAAAGAUAUUAUUUUUGCAGUAAACAGAGGAAUGCACUAUAUACCUAUAGGGUGGCUUUAUCCACUAAACUUCCAUCUUAGUUCCCUAUCAGUCAUUGUUAUAAGCUCUGUCUUUUGCACCUCUCUGCGUAGAGCAGGCCUGCACAGCAUACAAACCGCGAGCCGCUUUCCUGUGUGUUUGUCAGUGUGUGUCUGUGUAUCUGUAUGUCUGUCAGUGUGUGCAUCUGUAUUUUUAUAUGUAAUAUUAUACCUUUUACUUGAAAAAUGUGGCCCCGACAUAAUGCCAAGUUUUGCAGGUCUGGUUUAGAGAAAGCAUACAGAGCAAAGAAGAAACAGAUACAAUGUGUCUAUUUCUCCUCUUCAUUUGCACUUUGCCCUGAAUUAGCUCAGUCUAAAAUGGAUUAUGAUGUAAUUUUAAUAUAAAUUUAAAAGAAAACUGGUUAUCUCAGUUAUAGAUGAUUUUUAGUGUAUUAUUUAAUGUUGUAAAUUCCAGAGAGGCGAUAGAUCCUCUUUAAAGUUUGUACAGAUUAGUCAGUCUCUUAAAUUAUGAUACUCCAAAUCUAUUUGUAGAAAAGUCCUAAAUAAUAAUUUUAUCUCACUACAUGCUAACUUUUCAUUGAUUUACAUCGCAUUGUUGCUCACUGUAUUUUUUUCCUUAUUUUCAUUUAUUUUGCCAUUUUCUCUGUAGUGACCUCAAUCUUCCAGUCAUUCAGCAAUAUGUUGACUAUCUGAUUGAGAAGCAGAAUGUGAGGAAUAUAUUUGGUAGGUAUUUUGCCCCUACCUUGCACUGGACUCACUAUGCAAUCAUUGAAUGAUAAGGGUCCACAGCAUGACCUGUACAAAUUGUGCUACUGACAAGUUUACUUUUUUUUUUUUUCUUGAACAGUAAAUGGUACAACGGGAGAAGGAAUGUCACUUAGUGUUCAGGAAAGGAAAAUGCUGGCAGAAGAAUGGGUGAAACAUGCAAAGAAUAAGUGAGUAUAGAAAGAAAAAUGAUGUGUGUUCUCCUUAUUUGAAGUGUUAAAGUUGGCCCCUACUGUUUACAGUCUACCAUUUCCAUCCAAAGUUGGACAGAUUUGUGCUGUUGUAGAUAAUUUACUGCAAACCAAUUAGUUUGAAUGACUAUCUGUUCCUGUCCAAAUUAAAGAUAAUAAAGUUGCGUGCACGCAGAAGUAAAUUCACACUGAGACACAAGAGUUCAGGUUAAUGAAAGAACUUCGGAGAAGUUUAAUGGCUUCUGAUUAAAAAGCAGGCUCGCAGGCCCUUUUAAAGGCAUUAUUACAUCAUUGAAGAAAAUCAAGAUAUAGACAAAUAGACAUUGUUAAUUGGCUUAGGUGCUAAGAUGUUAGUAAAAUGCCCUCCCUAUGGGGUGUACCAUCUUAAGUCACUAUCCUCGUCAUGAUCAUCUCCUCCAGGUUUUAGCGCCAUUUUGCUAACAUGAGGAGCUCACUCGACGGGAGGGGCCUUUUGGCAGCUAUCCAUUUAGAGUGUAGCUGGCACGGUUAGUUUCUCAAGGUUACGUUUCAAGGCUUUUAGUAAAUACACAUUUUAUCAAAGCUAUUUCUUGCUGCCAUGCAAAUUCUAUGUUCUAUAGACAAAGCUUUCUUGUAAAACUAUGGGGGCCUUUUAGAGGUAUAGCAAGAGGAUUUAAAGGGGCCUUACAGAUUUAUAGAGGCCUAAUAAUUCUACAACAGUCCCCCCUAAAAUGUUAUUUGCUAAAAGACAAACUUUAUUUGUUAGUAUCAGAAGAUGUGUUAGCCCAAAGACACAGAAACCCCAUGACCGCUGACUUAGUGUUAAUGCAAAGUGCAAGUCUAUCCCUCUCUUGACCCUAACAGGCUGCAGCACAUCCGUCAGUACGGUUCAGGAACACUCUUCACUCCGCUGGUAACCCAUAGUGGCUUAUCCACUACUUCUCCGUACGGCAGUCUACCCAUAAAGACGGACGCUGUCCCUGUACUGUCCCUUCCUAGACUUUCUGCACUUCAUCAGUAUAAGGGAGAGUUUGUAGCGGAAUACAGGGUGAGGUGAGAUCUUGAUCAUCGAUUGUCAGAUGAGUGAAGGUUGGUGUUGCUUGGUCUACAGUUUUCUGCAGGAAUUUCCUUAGGCAUGGGAGGACACAACAAAUGAGAAGAGCGAGAAUAAAAAAAAAAUUAGUAAGGCAAUACCAAUCUGGACUAAAGCUCUCUGCCAACCAGUCAUCCAACCAAACCAUUUUUCCCAGGGAUCAGUAACUCCAGAGUUUCUCUUUAACUCUUCUGAGAGUCUAUUUAAUUUAGCUAUGGCCAGAGUGACUUUACCAUUAGGACCUGUGUUUUCUGGAAUGUAAGUGCAACAAGUCAUAGUGUCGGGAAGUAUUUUACAGACCCCCUUUUUCGGCUAAGAUCAUGUCUAAGGCCAGUCUGUUCUGGAAGGUCAUUUGGGAUGUGGCCUGUAAUUGCUCGGCCAAGCCCUGGAGGGCAUCCCUGGUGUAGUUCACGAAGCGCUGUUGGUUGUAAUAGAUAUAAUUAAUCCAAUUAAGGUUUUUGUUGGCAGUGACUAUAGUGAACAGUGAUUCAAAACCUACAGCUACUUCAUCUCUAGCUUUAAAUUCAUUAGGCACCCCCCUAGGUACCCCAAUGGCAUCUAUGUAAAUGUGGGGGUCAAAACUGCCUUUUACUGGGGUUUCGCGCCUCACUCUGGCUGGUGUAUGUGGAGGGUCAUAUGUGUCAUGAUGAUUAUCAGAAAUAAUAUGAAUGGGCAUGAUAACUUUGGCUAGGGUACACUCACCCCACCACUCAGUUUCCAGCCUAGAUCUUAACUGUAGAUCCCCACAUAACCAGUAAAUAUCCCCCAAUGACCUGGUAUGGUGUUGCAACAGGCGUAUAGGAACAGUUCUGUAAGUGGCGCAAUAACCUUUAGAAAAAUUACCCAUGAAUUUACCAAUCCCGUCAUACAUGGCAUAACAAGUGUAAUUACCUCUAUAGACUGUGAUUCCAUCUGGUGGCUUAACAUUUUCAACUAAGAGAGGGUAUUCUGCCGUCCAUGCCAUGCAGAGGGACCUAUUAAAGUCAUAUUGGUAGGCAAAAAGGCUUAAGAAGCAAUCUUCUAUCUCUAAAGGGAGAAUUAGGGGGACGGUGCCAAGGUGGGGUCGGGCACCUCCACGCUGAAAGGUAAGUUCUAUCCUAAGUGACUCGGUCCAACUUAGGCGUUCUCUGGUCUCCGUUGUCGGCUGAAUUCAGGGAAGAACGAUGGAGCAAAAUGAAACACGCACACAGUUUGCUUUUCCAAAGAUCUUCAAGUGUAUUAUAAAAAGGAUGGCAUAUUUAUACAGUAUUGAACAUGAACUUUGGCAUACAUUGGUCAGAAUAUGCUUACAAAAGAUAAACGUUGCUAAAAGCGGAAAUAGCUGAUUUUGCAAAAGACCACAUUUCUUGUGGUCAAGCAUGUCUUAUUUUCAUGAUACUUUUCUCGGAAGCAUCAGGUCAACGUUACUUUGCGGAUGCGUCUGUUGUUUCAAAAGCAGAAGCGAUAAAUCAAAAAUAACCUGUGGUUUGUCUAGUUUUUAGCUCUUGUGUAAAUCUUAAGAAUAAAAUAUCAGAAAUUAUAGAUGAGAUUUAUUAACCCAUUCCCUUCAUUCCCCUCUUUGAGCAAGUCCUUGCUCAUACCCCAUUUGGGUUGUUUUAGCCAGGGUAACUGUUCAUGGUAUAUUCAGAAUUGCUAGCCAAUUCUGCAGGACUUUCAUUACUUCUUCGGCCACUAUUCCCAUGGCAUAUACCCUGGCUAAUCAUAGAUAUUCUGGGGUUCGGGAAUAUAACUAUCAUGCAUAUAGAAUUGUAAGAAUUCCGCAUACACUGGUGGUGGAGGUAGUGGACGUGAUGGGGGUGUGUUUUUGUAGAUGCAGAAUAUCACUCUUACAAGUACAUAAAAGAAGAGAGAAAUAGAAGCCCCCAUAACUAAGAUCAGACCUAUGGUUUUUACUGAAUUAAGGAUAGAAGAGAAAUUAAACCAGUCACCCCAGUAAUUAUCUACCCCAGAGUUGAGGAGUAUAAUUUCAUAACCACUAAGACGUUGUGCUGUCAUGUGUUGGGUUGUCAGAUGUUUGACUAGGUGUUGGACUUGAUGUGAUGUGUGUAGGAUUGUAGUGUGGCCCAGAGUGUUAGUAGCAGCAGUUUCAACAGCCAUGGCACAUGCCGCCAAUGCCCUGAGACAGGCCGGCAUUCCUUGCACGGUGACAGGCAUGACUUUAGAAAAAAAUGCUAUGGGGCGUAAACCACCUCCAUGCUCUUGAGCACACAGAGCAGCCAUAGUUUUACAAUUGUCACAUUUAAUACUUGACUCCCCAGGGUGUGGUGGAGGGUAGCAAAUGGACUGGUUAUUUCCCAUUCUAGGACCAAGGUUGUAGGACAGAUAUCUACUCACAAAAUCUCUGUCCUAAACACUUAUUCACAACCCACUUAAGCAAAAGGAUGACAACUAGGGACCAGAGAAGGUAAGUUUCAAAUACUUGUAUAUACUUUGUCUCUCACUCUAGUAUAUUCACUUAUAUACUAAUAAAUCACCUAUAUCUCUUUAUAGGCAGGCACCUUAAAACACUACAGUCUAGUUCCCUUACUUAGACUGGUCUAGUUCCCUUACUAGACUGAAAUCUGGACCUUUAUGUAAACUGAGUCACAAUACAUGUAUACAUAAAAUAACCUUUCCUAAAUCUAGAUGUAGACUUACAAAACCAUAGGGAUCAUAGAUUCAGGGCGUCAAAAGAGACACAAGGAAUUACUACUCACCCAAAAUGGUUUGGCUACAUCCCACCGCUGCCACCAAGCUGAAAGGUAAGUUCUAUCCUAAGUGACUCGGUCCAACUUAGGCGUUCUCUGGUCUCCGUUGUCGGCUGAAUUCAGGGAAGAACGAUGGAGCAAAAUGAAACACGCACACAGUUUGCUUUUCCAAAGAUCUUCAAGUGUAUUAUAAAAAGGAUGGCAUAUUUAUACAGUAUUGAUCAUGAACUUUGUCAUACAUUGGUCAGAAUAUGCUUACAAAAGAUAAACGUUGCUAAAAGCGGAAAUAGCUGAUUUUGCAAAAGACCACAUUUCUUGUGGUCAAGCAUGUCUUAUUUUCAUGAUACUUUUCUCGGAAGCAUCAGGUCAACGUUACUUUGCGGAUGCGUCUGUUGUUUCAAAAGCAGAAGCGAUAAAUCAAAAAUAACCUGUGGUUUGUCUAGUUUUUAGCUCUUGUGUAAAUCUUAAGAAUAAAAUAUCAGAAAUUAUAGAUGAGAUUUAUUAACCCAUUCCCUUCACACAUACAUAACAUGCUGUUUUAUUAUGUUUGUUGGCAUUAUACCUCAUCCAUUCUAACCACAAAUUAAUGUCAUUGAAUCCAGUUUCAGCGGCCAUGGUAUCUUCAAAAGUGGGGUUAGCGAUGGCCAUCAUAUCUUUAAAGGACUGGAUAUGUGGUUUUAGCGGAUUUGGGACCAUAUGAUCAGCCCCUUGCCACUCUGGAGAGUGGUACAUAUCUCUGAGGUAGAAAUUACCUAAUUUGUUGUAGGAACCUUUCUUCCAAUACAUUCCCAUUACAUAUCGGUCUGCAUCCUCGGGGCCAGGAUGUUCAAUAUUUAACAUUAAUUUCAUAGGGGUACUUCCUCCAGGCUUUCUUAAAGUCAUUCUUUGAAGGAGGGAUCUACCCUGAUUGUCUAUCUUAGAUAAAGCACUUUUGGGUUUAUAACCCCAGGCAGGCCCAGUAUUCCAUCCCGCAGCCCCCCAGUAGUUACAGUCAUAACCCCAUUGUUCAUCUACUACACAAACGUAAGGGUCUUUUGCUUGUGGUAUAUCUUUAUAAAUGGCUUGAAUCUGUGACUUAGGGAAUGGGCAUUCUACAAUAUCACAGUAAUCAAAAGUGAAUGUAGCCACAUGGGUACAUGAUGAAUUAUACCAGAAAGUGUACCCACUAGCAUCUUUGGUGAUGGCCACCUGCUGGGCUUUAAGGAGGCCAACUAAGGAGAUUAUGUACCAGAGGCACAUGGUUGCAUAGAGUUAGCUUCCUCUGGGGCAGGUGUCUUCUUGCAAUGGGAAGCAUGGAUCCAGUUUGACAGAGGUAGGGGAGAUCAGGAGAACUUGGAACGGUCCGUCAAAUCUUGGUUCCAGGGUGUGUUUUCGCACAAAUUUCUUGACCAGAACCCAGUCAUCGGGGAGCAGACUGUGGUGGCCUGUGUCAGAAUCAGGAUCUGGCUUCAAAAGAGAAAACUUGGGCAUGGAUUUUGUUCAAAGCAUUUGCGAGUUCAGUUACAUAAUCUACUAAAACAUCAGUUUGAAGUUGUAGUUGUUGGGGAAAAUAGCAACCUAGCCUAGGUGCAGUCCCAAAUAGAAUCUCAUAUGGGGACAGUGAGGUAGUAUUUUUGUACAAGAGCAUUCAUUAGAUCCUUUGAUAAAUGUGCAGGUCCGUGUGCCCAUUGUACGACUGCUGGGUACAAAUUCUUAGGGAGGCAGAAUCUGAGAUUGUUGUAAUACACUCCAUCUCUUAGAACUGCCCCUUUCUGUUUCCACUUCUGUAUUUCUUCAGGGGCAACUGUAGCCUGUUGUUCCCGCAGGAUUUUUAGGCCAGUUGGAAGAGUCUGCAGAGUAAAUAUGGGAGUUUCUUCAUUUCCGGACACUCUUCUGUCCACUUCCUGUAGUUCUCUUGCAGCUUGUUUUGCAGCUUGGUCAGCCAGAUGGUUGCUCCCUUGGUUUAUUCGAAUCCAACUUCCCAUGUGCCUUUACCUUCAGAAUGGCCACUUCUUCUGGGAGUAGGAGGGCAUCCAUCAGCUCCUUGAUUGCAGAACUGUGCUUGAUUGGUGUACCGGCGGUGGUAAGAAAUCCUCUUGUUUUCCAAAUUAAUCCGAAGUCGUGAGCCACGCCCAGUGCAUAUCUUGAAUCCGUGUAGAUAUUGGCGCGCUUUCCUUCAGAGAUCUUGCAUGCUGAAGUCAGGGCUUGCAAUUCAGCUUCUUGUGCAGACAUAGUUGAUGGUAAAGAUGAUGAUUUGACAAUUUCAUCUGUUGUGGUUACGGCAUAUCCUGUAUGGUAUCUUCCUUCUUCAUCAGCAUAUCUUGAGCCGUCCACAAACAGGGUGAGAUCGGGAUCUACCAAUGGGUCUUCAUGCACAGUUGGUAGAUGUGUUGUUUCCAUUUUCAUCUGUUCAAAACAGUCAUGAGGUGUAUCUGGGUCGUAGUCAUUCACUAUGGUUAAAUCUUGGAACUCAUUUUCCAGGAAAUGACGCGGCCAUGCUUUUAGGUGGUCAGUUGUUGGAUAUUUGACAACACCAUUUUCCUGUAGCUGUGAUUCGUCCAUAGUGGCCCAUGCUUUUGCCAUAGGCCCAAGAUCAUUCCAUGAUAUUGUUUUCAACUUGGUCACAGGGACAUGUGGAAUGGCAGUGUCCCAAUGACGGUACAAAUGCUUGAGUUCCGGAGGUAGAUGAAUCAAGACCAUACUGUUGCCUUCAGAAUCACAGUAGAAGUCUUGUGCAGUGAGUUUUACUUCGACCAGAUGAUAGAGUUCAUCUUCAUAGCAGGGUUCAGGAGUGAUGUUUGGUUUGUACCACAUGGUACAGAAGGCAUAUCCUGCUCCGUCAUGAAGGAGUGCUUGUCCAUCAUGAAAGGAUAGGUUGGGAUGCAUUUCCUUCUUGAUGGUGCCAGUGAGAAGAAAAACAUAAGUUUCGUCCAUGAUGAAUCCGUAGUAUACACCCCCCUCAGGGAGUGGCAGAAGAGUGGACGGAUUGAGAACUUGACAUCUUUGGAGGGUAAUGUUGUCAGGCAACAAAAGAUGACAUUGAAGGCGAAGAUGUCUAGCAGGAGUAACAUGCUUAAGUUGGACCUGGUUGGCUAUGGCAGAAAUGUCAUGAGGGGCCAAGACAACCAGGGGGUGGCCAAGGACAAGAUCUCCAGUUCUUUCAAUGAGCUCUCUGGCAGCAAAGACGGCCCGAAGGCAAGAGGGACGUCCUCUGGCCACAAUAUCCAGUUGGCAGGAGAAAAAUCCAAUAGGCCUUUGGCGGCCUCCAGGACCAUGGGCCUGAGUGGAGUACUCCUGUUGCAUGGCCUUGUCUUUCAGAAACAAACAAUUUGAAGGGUUUGGUAUAGUCUGGUAGGCCAAGAGCAGGAGCAGAAGCAAUAGCACGUUUGAGAGAACAGAAGUUGUCAAGGGCUUCUGUGGACAAGCAAAAUGGGUCUGACUUGAGAGCAUCAUAAAGAGGUUGCAUAAGGAGCGAGGCUUCUGGGAUCCAUGCUCGGCAAUAGGAAAUGAGGCAUAGGAAGGCGUGUAGUGACUUCGAGGUCCUUGGAGGUGGAAUGUCCAGUACUGCUCUAACUCGGUCACGGGUAAGAUGUCUGGUUCCCUGAGACAGACAAUGGCCAAGGAAGAUAACAGUAGGUUGGCAGAAUUGCAGCUUGAGACGUGAAGCUUUACAUCCUUGUUCUGCUAGGUAGCAAAGAAGAUUAAUUGAGCAUUGUUCUGUUGUGGGUAGAUCAUCUCCACAAAGCAGCAAAUCAUCCACAUAUUGAAGCAGGACGACCUCAGGAUGGUCAGAUUGCCAUGGAUCAAGGAUAGAGCACAUGGCCUUUGCAAAUUGACUUGGUGAAUUUUGUGCCCCUUGGGGCAUGACAGUCCAUGUGUACUGUUGUUUUUCAUGUGUGAAAGCAAACAGAUAUUGGCAAGUUGGAUCCAGGGGAACACUGAAGAAGGCAUUGGCCAGAUCAAUGACAGUGAAGUACUUGGCAGAGGGUGGAACGCCGGAAAGGAGAGUGUGUGGGUUGGGCACUAUUGGAGUGUCCAAAACUGUGGCUUCAUUUACCGCUCUGAGGUCUUGGACCAAUCUGUACUUUUCUGGUUCGCCUUUUGGAGUCUUUUUCUUUACGGAAAUAAUGGAGUAUUGCAUGGUGAUUCACAUUUGACAAGAGCACCCUUCUCCAGGAGUGCUUGAAUUUGAAUUGUAAUGGCUGCAGCUUGAGCUGGUUUCAAAGGAUACUGUGAUUUUCGUGGCAAUUUUGCUCCUGGGAUGAGCUUUACCACCACAGGUGGGACCUUUAGAUGGCCUAUGUCCUCUGGGCCUGUGGACGACAGUUUCUUGGGAACAUCAGUCUUUAGUGAAUCAGGGAAAUUAGUCCUUAGGUCUUUUGCAUCCCCAUGAGGCUCUUCUAGAUGUAGCAUCAGGGGUAAGGAGCACAAAGCUGAGGUGUCUGAGACAGAUAGAGGGGUGGAUAGUUCCACUUGUCCAUCUGGAGUAAAGGUGAUAGAUGCCUACAGGCGUGAAAGAACAUCAGCUCCUAACAGGUUAAUGGGGCAUGUGGAAGAUACCACAAAGCGAGCAAGCAAGUUGUGGCAGUUACCAACCCGCAGUGGGGUGGACAGGGGACUUUGCCUUGGAAGGCAGUCCACCCCAACACAGAAGACAUCAAUAUUGGAAAGAAAUGAGGUAUCGGGCAGGUCUUGUUCUCUCAGAACACUUCGGGCUGCACCUGUGUCAACUAGGAAAGUGGUGGGCUGGCCCUCAAUGGGUAAAAUUACAGUAGCUAGAGGCCCCCCUUGUUCCCCUGAAGACACUGCCAUAACAGGGGCAUUAAGCAUCAGUAGGUUCUAUCAUUUAUAUUAAUUAGACUAUAACAAUUAUACCACCCUGUAACUAAAAUUAAUAACCAGAAGUGGCUGGGUUAAUAAAACAUGUCACUAAUCCUUCUAAUGCUAGACCAUCAUUUAACGUAAAGGAUGUUACUGUAAACAUACGAUCUGUAACUAGCAAGAUUCGAUUAAGCAAAGAUACAAUGUUUAAAAUAACUUGCAUUAUUUGGCUAUUUCCCUUGUUGCAAGAUUAAUCUGGAUAAUCAGCUGUUAUGCUCUUAUAUUCGUGUCCAACAGAUCUCAUUUGUAGGUCACACCACAGUUGCAAAUGACAUUUAAGCAACCUUCUUUUUUUUUUUUUGUUAUAUCACGGACACAUUUCUGAUACAGGGAAACAAAUGGCAUGAUUGUUUUAGUAAUUAUAAUGUUUCUGUUCAUAAUAUGUAGAGUGUAAGGAAAACAACAUGUCUCUAAAUAGGACGAGCAUAAUAGGGGUAGGCCUCAUGAUGGAGGCAGCCAUGACAGGGGCGGGGAAGGAAAUGACAGCAAGGGAGGAAGUGAGGUGACGUCCAUGAUAGGUGUGGGAAAGGAAGACAGGAGAUGUGGGCAUGGUAAGGGCGGAAGUGACGUCACUUUAGAAGCAACCGUGACUUUAGAUAGGUCACAGGACUGGCAGGGUCAACCUCCUUCUGUACUAGGCGCCAUCUUUAGGGUGGUGGCUGACGCACUUUCAACAAUACACUAUAUUAUAACUUAUAAAAUAAGUCAGAGAAGCAACAUUCCGUUCUGCAAAAUGAAAUACUAAACUAUGAACAGACCUGGCAGGUUAAAUAAGACAGUUGAAAACAUUAUGCAUUUAACAGCCCAUAUAGCUGUCUCUAGAAACAUGUUCAUUAAAAUGAUGCAAGAUAAACUCACGGAAUUCAACCAAAUUCCCUUAUCUUCCUCCAACCAUUAAUCACUUUCCUCUUCACAUACUAGCUUAACUUCGCAUAUUCCCUCUAUCCACAUUGCAUAGUUUUGCAACAAAUCACGCUUGCCUUUACACUUAACACGUCCAAAUAUUCCUCUAUUCUUGUAUCAGAUUCACUUACUUAACCUCCGUAAAUCAACACUGAGCUACAUCCCUGACUCCCUGUCUUAUACACCAGUCUUGGAGAGAAUACUCAGAAAGGUGGAAUGCAUUCUUGUGAGCGAGCCCCCCCACAAUCUUCACUGCCUUAUCACAAAACACAAUAUAUAUAUAUAUAUAUAUAAACGGCAAACGGCAACAAUAAUAAUAUUAUUACACAAUUAUAACACCAUAACCUUUGAAUUAGAAUAUUUUCCAGCAAAAAUCCCGUCUCUAACUCUUAUCAGUAGCUCCCGGAAAUGUAGGCAAGCGGGGAGGAGGGGGGGGGGGGGAGAAUGUGAGACAGUGCAAAAAGGGAGAGAGACUGCAGGCAUGAAGAUUAACCAUGUGAGUGCUGUAAAGUAACAAGACAGAAGGACAGAGACUUAUACGUUUGGAAACCAGAAAUCUUUGACGGGAGAAACGGACUGGAGGUGCAGGGAGCUGCAGAGAGAGGAUGAGGGUGACGAGAUCUGUAGGACUGAUGGGGGGGGGAGAAUAGGGAUCCAUCAGCAUCCAGUAACACAAUUAUUAUAAUACACAAACAAACUUAAACCUUUGUGAUCAAUAUCUUCCUCAACCUAUCCCUUUUGCUGAAUAGCUCUUGCUACUCGGUACCAGGCUUCUGCUGUACAAACCAAAUCUUGGUCCGACAGCUUCCCUUUCUUCUCUGUCAGUAACUUACGCCAGCUCUCUGGCUACAAUCUGCCGCACAGAGGUACGGUAAUUCCACAUACUUUAGCAAUCUUCCUCACUUUCUUAACCAUCUCUUCUCCUUCUCUGUCUUCCACUAGAUCACAUGCUAACCAACCCUUACUGGGUUUAUCUAACUUCUGUCCCAUCCUCCCUAUACAAGGCGUCCCAGAUAUAGAGAGAGAAAGGAACAGAACGUCUACCGUGCUCGACUGCUACUUUAAGAGCAAGCUCUUUAAGUACGUCUUCCCAAAACGUAGACUAGUCACUGAUUCCGCCUACCCGUGGUAGCCGCGGAUUGGAGCGUGGCGAGAAGUGUGUGACCAAUCACUUCUCUCAACAGAGAAAGAGAGAUAGGAGGGGAAAGUGUAAGUAGUACAGUGAGUAAGAUAAAAGUAAACACAGGAAUCUGUGUGACAGACAAUUAAGACAAUAACAUUUCAAAUAAAAUACAGUGCAUGCAUCACAGUUCAAAUAAGUUCAACAGUUUUAUCCCUUGCCUUUACUCGUGUGGCCAAAAGCCACCUCCCUCAACCUCGUAGUGUCCCUGUUGCGGACCCACCCGCAAGUCUCACUACCAGCAGCCACAGGAAACAGCAACAGCUUCCAACCCGAAUCCUGUAUAGCCUAAAGAAUUGGAAUCUUACCUGCCUCAGCGCUCGAGGCUGGAAUUUUACCAAGAAGUGUCCGAUGAGGCUUGCUAAGCGGUCAAAGCGACACUAUGGGGAACCCCCAGGAAGCAGUGAGUCUACACCCCUCCACAGAUUCCCCCUACUCUUUUUCCUUACAGCCACAGCUACGUGGCUCCUAAAAGAGUUAAACAGGCAAUAGAGGACCCCCAGGAAAACUUCCUCAGGUCCACCCCCCUUUUUCCUUACUACCACAGCCACGUGGUACCUAAAAGGAGUUAAACAGGCACUUACACUCCCCGGGUAGACUAAGUUAAACACAAACCAAUACAAAAACCACACCCAGGCAACAGAUAGUCAACAUGCAGGUAAACUAGGUAUCAUUAACAAUACAAAGACUCUGGGCAAGUUAUUACCUGACUUUGAUGUCCUCUCGGUAGCAGUCACAGACACUGGGACAGGUCAAUCACAGGGGCAGGAACAUACCGGCUAGGUGCUGCAGCAAUCUCUACCGUGUAUUCAGAGGUGAUCAGGCUCUUUUCCUUCCCCCAGGAUUCAGCCCCCCCAGCGUCUUCUUGGACAGCUGCCCAGGCAGGACAUAGCCCAGAGCCCCACGUUGGGCGCCAGCUGUUGUAGAUAAUUUACUGCAAACCAAUUAGUUUGAAUGACUAUCUGUUCCUGUCCAAAUUAAAGAUAAUAAAGUUGCGUGCACGCAGAAGUAAAUUCACACUGAGACACAAGAGUUCAGGUUAAUGAAAGAACUUCGGAGAAGUUUAAUGGCUUCUGAUUAAAAAGCAGGCUCGCAGGCCCUUUUAAAGGCAUUAUUACAUCAUUGAAGAAAAUCAAGAUAUAGACAAAUAGACAUUGUUAAUUGGCUUAGGUGCUAAGAUGUUAGUAAAAUGCCCUCCCUAUGGGGUGUACCAUCUUAAGUCACUAUCCUCGUCAUGGUCAUCUCCUCCAGGUUUUAGCGCCAUUUUGCUAACAUGAGGAGCUCACUCGACGGGAGGGGCCUUUUGGCAGCUAUCCAUUUAGAGUGUAGCUGGCACGGUUAGUUUCUCUAGGUUAGGUUUCAAGGCUUUUAGUAAAUACACAUUUUAUCAAAGCUAUUUCUUGCUGCCAUGCAAAUUCUAUGUUCUAUAGACAAAGCUUUGGGGGCCUCUUAGAGGUAUAGCAAGAGGAUUUAAAGGGGCCUUACAGAUUUAUAGAGGCCUAAUAAUUCUACAACAGUACAAAUAAUGCGGAAGAGAAACUUCUGCAUUUUCUCAGUGGCAGCAGAGGGGCUUGGAUUUUGGUGCUGAUUUAGUCCCAUACAUCACCUUAAUCACUAUUACAAGCUGUAAUGGUUCUGGCACUCCAAAUUGCCCUUUAGUCUUGUAUGGUACAUAUAUUUGGUUCACAUCCCAUCUAGCCUGGAUGCUGAAUAUUUAUUUAUUGGCUUUGAGACUGAAUGUAGUGGAGUAUAAUGCAGCUUUAUUGAACACACACAGCUUUUUAUACACAGAAAUGUGGAUUCACACACCAGGGGGUCUUACCUGCGAUGCAAUGGCUUUUACCAUAGCGCUUGCUGUUAGGGUUAUUGAUUGCCAAAUCCCCAGCUAACCAGAUAGCCUCCAUGCUGUGCCUCCCAAACAUAUAGCCCAGAAUAUACCAAAUGUACCCAAAAAAAACCUUUUGGACAGCAUCCCCACACAUUACAUAUCCCUUUAGCUCUCCUCCAGGCGUCUAUACUGUCCAAAAAGCACCCUGAUCAAAGAAUCUGUGCCCAAGUUAUAGCAUAUUUAAGUUUGACCAGAUGGUGGCUAUUAUUAUCCAACUUAGAGUUCCAGGCGAGCGGCUGUUUUUCCUGGUCUUGCAAAAAGGUGUUCCUGGGGCUCCGGGGAGGCUGUUAUGUUACGUCAUGGUAUGUCUUUGGAUAGCUCUUGAUCAAGUGCCCAUGUUUGCCAAAUAGCUACCUGAACGGUGGUCGGGAGACCGAGAAAUACCCAGUUAAAAAUUUACAAGAUCAUAACACAGUCUAAAUCUGGCAAACCGGUCCAUAGCGUUUCAGGGUAUCUCCCGGUCAGGCACUCAAUGUGCAGGACAGGUCCAGGCAAUGCCCAGAGGUUCCCAAUUCCAGCUAGGAUGCAGAGUAGGCAUCCCAGGGGGCUGCAUGCCCCUUCCCCUAAUGAAAAGAGUUUUUUUUGUGGAUUUAGUCCUUGGGCAAGGGGCUGGCCUUCACUCUUCUCCAAAAGGUCGUGGCCCAGAAGCUUCUGUCACAUACAGUAAAUGUGAAAUAAUAUACUUUAUUACACCUUGUUUGUGAUAUGUGUAUGUAUUUUGUUUACUGCCACACUAAAUGGCAAUGAUGCCUCUUUAAGAGACCUGUGGGGAACAAGUGCUUCAUCCUGAACUAAAAGAUUAUAUAGAUUAAUUUAAAUACAUAUCACAACUUUCUAAUGCUCUAUAUAUUAAUGUCUUCUAUAGAAUGGAUAGUGUGAUGGUGCAUGUGGGAUGUCUCAGCCUGGAGGAUUCAAAAGAUCUGGUGAGUGUUUAAUAUAAAUAUAUAUAUAUAUUGUUAAGUAGGAAUCAAGACCUAAACGUAAUGUAGUCUUACUCUGCCUAGAAGAACGUUUAAUUGAAGGUUCUCCAGUAAUGCUGCAUGCUGUCUACAAGAUGAAAUGUAACAUUAAUGAUCUUUCUGCUGUGGAAUAUACUGUACACAGAAGAGGCAUCUUGCCCUACUGUUAGUCUUGGCAAGCAAGUUUGCAUACCACAUUCAGGAAAUGUAUAUCCUGUUUCUACCUUAACCAUAACAUGCAUAGAACCUCGUUGGUGACCAGAAAUCAAACCAUUUAAAUAACCCAGUUUUUCAGAAACAUUAUACUUUAAUCUGCUCCCACACAAGCCCUAAGCGCCCUCUCUGAGGGGAUCCCACUAGGUCACUGGGUGAAAGGGGGGGCGACACAAGUCCACUCCCUAUUUGGUCCACAGGGGUUGAAUGAAUUCCCGGAUCUACUCAAUGAAUUUUCACUCCCUGCCAGGGUAAUGUUCACCUUCCUACGAAUAAAACACAUAAUACAGCAACAGCAUUUACAACAGGUGUAUAUAAUCCUCUCCUGACAACUUUUGGCCUGUGCUGCACAGGGCAACGGAACAAAUACAAACUUUUGUCCACAUGCUAUACUGCUAUUAGCGAUGCAGACGCACUGGUUAAACCUAAGUACAUGAUGCAAUAGGAGAGCGACAUUGGGACAAGCUUCCCUCUUCCCCUCUGGUUGCAAAUGACCAAAUCAUAAAAGCUUCCUCCAGCAGCUUCUUCCAUUGGAAAGCGUUUUGUAAAAUAUUAAAGAUAUGGUAUCUGGUUCCUUCCAGAAGAGCCCAAAUAUACGCCACUGCCUCUCAGCUGUGCUGGAGAUCCAAUCUGGUCACAGGAACCAUUAGACACAUCUUUUGGCACUGUCCCAUCCUGACAAGCCUGUGGAAACUGGUUGAGAAAGCCAUCUUGGACUUGACUUGUGUUAAAAUUCCCUUCCGCCCAGAAAGUUCUUUGUUACAUAUAGCACCAGAAAUUCAUAUAUCUCCUCACAAAGGUAAAACCUCUUACUGGCUGCAAAGAUUAGUACUGCGGGCCAUUGGAAAGACCCCAAACUCCCAUCCCUACAGGAGAUUCUGCAAUGGGUAAAGGGCACAUGCUUAAAUGAAGAAAUGGCAUCUAGGUUAAAGGAAAAAACUGAAACCUUUGCCAAAAACUGGAUCAGCUGGGUGUUUCGGACACAUAACACUUUGUAAACUGUAGCGAUAUGAACAGUAAGUCUGGGGUAUUUCCUCCUUAGUUCCCUGCCCCCACAACUUUCUUCUCCAGCAUUACAAAACUAAUCUGGUUCACUAGAGGAUAAAAGUCCCUGACAAAGCACACCAGAUCUUACCUAAAGGAGGACCACUGACCAAAAGGUCGGGUCCACCAAACCAUAACCUAAAAUGACACAGGCAGUUUCCCAUGCAGAACAACAAGCGGUAUUUCUCUAUCUCCCUAUUACCAUAUUCACAGAAACACUAGGUGUAAGCAGCUAGCGAAAGUAUGUUUAGAGCUUUAUAUUUAUUCAAUACCGCAUUCGAAGAAGUAGUAUAUAACUAUGUAUGCUUAACGAACCUAUCUUUUCUUCUGUACGAAUCAAUCAUGCAUUGUUGUUUUUGUAUUCUAAUUGUCUGUCACCGCAAGCUAAAAUUCUCAUGUACACUAUGAAAAGCACUUAUGGAAUAUAUUGUGUGUUUAUGCGUGUACAACGAUCAUAUCUUUAUUUUUGUAAAAGCAGUCAUGCACUCCAUGUUUAUUUAUUGUUUAUGUACUCUUCACCUAUGACAAACCUCAAUAAAAAAGAUUUAUUGGGGAAAAAAAUAAUUAUAUUUUAAUCUUUUAAUUUAAUAUUUAAUUUACGGGAAUCCUGGGAUAUCACUUUAUUUUUAAAUAUUAUUGUGCAAGAUUUAAAAGCAUUUCUUGAUAAUUAUUCUUAUAAUUUUGAAGAUCAUUAUCUAUCGUGAAAGGCUUUUCUUUUGUUCAUUAAAGGAAUAUUAUAGUCACCAGAACAACUACAGCUUACUGUAUUUGUUCUGGCAAGUAUAAUCAUUACCUUUGGGCUUUUUGUAGAGAAAAGGCAGUGUUUAUAUUACAGCUUAGGGAUACCUCCACUGGCCACUCCUCCGAUGGCUACUAGAAGUGCUUCCUGGGGCAGUUCUGCACAGUGUGCAGCACUGCCAUUCAGUGUCUCCACCCUCUGCAUGGAAACACUGAACUUUCCUCAUAGGGAUGCAUUGGUUCAAUGCAUCUCUAUGAGGAGCUGCUGAUUGGCCAGGGCUGUGUUUGACUUGUGCUGGCUCUGCCCCUGAUCUGCCUCCUUGACCGUCUCAGCCAAUCCAGUGCUUUCUUAUUUGAAAGCAUUGUGAUUAGCUGAAAGAAUCACUUCUAAUGAUGUCAGUCAAGCAGGCAGAUCGGAGGCAGAACCAGCAGCCGUAGACUUGAAUAAAAUAAUUUUUUUGCCAUAUUUAGGGGGGAAAGUGCGGCUCAAAUGGGCUAGAUGGUGGUUUUAAAACAGUAGGGUCAGUAAUACAUGUUUGUGUUCCUUUAACUCAGUUGUGCAUGACCUCUUUCUCUUCAGCUUUUUUUUCCCAUUUGUGAGUCAUUUUGUGUUGUGUGUUCAUGUUAGUGUUUCCAAAAUGCAAAUAUUGUGUUUCCAAAAUGUAAAUGUAACGUUUCUGACACUCCUUGCAGGCUGCACAUGCUGCCUCCUGUGGAGCAGAUGCAAUAAGUGCAGUGAGCCCUUCAUUCAUCAAGCCUUCCAGCCAAGGUAAACCUGCAGGUUGACCCCUUCCACAUCAGGUUGAUUUCUGUCAUCCCAGUCUAUGAGGACAGAUCUUAACUCACGAUUCCCUGUCUAGCAGUAGAUUAUGGGGUACUUGGUUUACACCCAAAUAGCUGUUUUAUGAGAGCACAGCGAUCAUUGUAUCUAUAAUGAUGCUCAGCAUUUUUUAGUGUGAAUUCCUCAAUCACUGGAAUCUGUGAAUAAAACAUAUGAACCCAGUAAAUAAGUGCUAGAAGGUAUACAGAAUACCCUGUGACUUAGCCUUUUGUGACCCAUACACACAGGGUCGUCUUUAAUAUUUAUGGCCCCCUGGACCUUGUGCCCCCCCCCCCCCUCACCUACGCUCCCUGGCAUACAAUUAUGCCCUCCACCCCAACACAGUGGCGGACCUAUAGUACAUAGCCAGUGUGGACGGUAACAAGAGGGUACUGGUGGGCUUAUAAUACUGUUCUGAGGCUUAAGUGGUGGGCUAGACGAAUCCACAGGUAUUGUAAAUAGAAUGUAAACAGAUUUCCUAAUUGUGUAAAGAACCCUCACCCCACACACACACACACACAUUGCAAGAUCAUAGCCUUCAAUCUAAUAUAAAUCAUUUUAUUCCCAUUUUUAUUCAAUUAGAUGCUUUAGUCAUGUAUCUGAAAGAGGUGGCGGCCGCUGCUCCCAGUCUCCCAUUUUAUUAUUAUCACAUUCCCAGUCUCACUGGGGUAAGAUGUAAGUAAACUGUAACCUUGCUUGUGAGAUACUCAGCUGUUGUGUGUACAGGAGGCAGACUCCUACUAAUAAUCUGUUUUCUCAUAUAGAUCAGGUAUUUGACCUGAUGGGUAAAAUGCAGAAAGAAAUCCCAUCCUUCCGUGGGGUGAAGUUUAGUGAUGUAAACCUCAUGGACUUUAGCCUGUGCAUCCAUAACUACAAAGAAUUUGAUCUUCUUUAUGGCGUGGAUGAGGUAAGUCUAGUAAAAAUUACUCCUUUGUUAUUUGUUCCAUAUUGUCCAAAUCAGUUAACUUGUAGAAGACAACCGUAUGAUAUAUACAGAUAUAUAUUAAAGCUGUACUAAAAGAGGAUUGUCAAAUAAAAUGGUCUCAAAGUCCAUUAAUAGAGAGCACGUGUUCAAGUAAACUGCCCAACAAUUCUUUAAAACGCUUGACCUGGAUACAUUUUGAGUGACUUUCCCAAUAAUCCAAAGGUUCAACAUCCCUUAAAUCAUGGAAAAUAUUCCACCUCACUCUGCUCAAAUGGAGAUUGGGGGUGGUUAUGUGGCUAGGAAGCGGUGAUGGAAUGUUUGGAGGCAAAAAAACUAGACCAGAAGAUUGGCUUAAUUUUGCCUUUUCUUAGUACAUGUUCUUUUGAGUUACUUGAUUUGCUAAACAUUCUAAUGUUCCAGAUGUUUGAAUAUGGUUUUCAAUGAGGUGACCAAUAUUUAGGAGUAUGUGUUUGACAAAUUGUUUUUUUGUUUGUUUUUUAAUUUUUAGCAACUUCUCGGAGCCUUGGCAUGCGGCGCACAUGGUGCUGUUGGAAGGUAAGCGCUAUAUUCAUUAGGUGGACAAUUUAACAAAUAAAUUGCUAAACCCUAAAUCUAUUCAGUUUUAAACUACUGAAUUGGAAACGAUGUUUAACUUUGUUUUUCCAGGUGGGCUAUUUUGGAUAAAAUUUGCAAAUUUUCAUAUCUCACUGUCCCCAGUUGAGUAAAUUGUAAAUGUUGUUAUUUUUGUUACUGGCAUUUAUUAAACUGCCAACAUAUUCCACAGUGCUCUACAAUUGAACAAAAUUACAAUAUAUGCAGACCAAUACAAAAGGCAAUGGAGGGUACUGUUUGUGAGUGGAGAUCAAACCAUUGUAGCUCUUCUAUACAAAGUAUUUGGCGAGAUAAUUUUAAUUUUAUUUAUUGUAUUUAUUUUAUUCUCCCGUAGUACCUACAACUAUUUGGGUAAAACAACAUAUAAGAUGAUGGCUGCUUUUGAGAAAGGCGACUUGCUCAAAGCCCAGGAGCUUCAGGUAUUGUUUAAUUCAGGGCCGGUGCAAGGAUUUUUGGGUACAAAGGCGAAGAUGAUUUUGCCCCCCCUCAAAAAAAAGCAUCUUCACCUGUGUGCCUCUUAACCCACCUCUUGUUUCUUAUCCCCUUUUUUUAAAUGGCUUACCCCCUUUAGUGUAUCUUAGCCCCUAUUUUUCCCCAUUGUGUAUGUCUUAUACUUUCCUUGUGUAUCUCUUACAACCCCCCUUUGUGUGUCUUACUCCCCCCCAACCCCUUUGUGUGUCUCCUUCUCUCCCAGCCCCUUUGAGUCUUUUACUCUUUCAAGCUUCUUUAUGUGUUUCUUUUUUGUCCCCGGCCAGUCUAGUUGCCCCCAGCUCCUCUGUGUCUUUUUCCUUUUCUCCAGCCCCUCCAUGUCGGUUUCACCCCAGCCCCUUUGUAUUUCCACCCCCAGACCCUCUAUGCAUCUUUCUUACCCCCAGGCCCAUCUUUGUGAUUUUCUCCCCCUCAUGUCCCUCUGUGAGUCUUACUCCCCACUCAGGCCCCCUUUUUUGUCUUUCCCCUCCACUCAGGCCCCCGCUGUGUGCCAAGGCUGCAGUUUGACCAACAUCGCUCCAUUUAACUUUUUGCUUUGCUUAAAUUAUCUUCUUUAAUUUAAUGAACUUGUUUUUUGGUUUUUUUUCACAGCACACCAUUCAGAAGUUCAUGGUGUAUGUGUUUGACAUGGGUAUGUAUGCUACAUUAUUACUAGUGCAUCUGCAGGUAACAUAGCAGAAUUAAAGGGAAUAUAAUGGGCAGUACAUAGUUUGAGUCUCUAGAUUCUUACACCCUAAACUCCAUUUAUAUAUUUUCAUCUCAUGGCCUUUUCUUUUUCUAUUUGUCCAGGUUGGGGCCUGCCAGAAUUUAAACAGAUAAUGUCUUUGAACUCCGGGAUUGACAUGGGCCCAGCCCGCCUUCCCUUACUCUCUUCUCUUCAACCAGAACAUCACGAGAGUGUCAAAAGUAAACUGAAACAAUUGAAUCCUCUAUGAAAUGUUUACCUUAUUAAAACCACAAAAGCUUUUUACUGAAAUCUGGCAGUCGCACUAUGCCAGAACUUUCCUAAUGUGAACCUUGGCACCAUAUUGGUCUUCGUAAAAUAGAACAUUUUCAUACAAACCACUUUUCUCUGUCUCUGAAAAACUAUUUCCAAUAUCCAGAUUCAAUCAGUUUUUUUUUUUUGUCACUUGUGUUAUUGGUAAUACUGCUAAUGUGACCAACAUUUCCACUAAAAUGUUCUCUCUAGAAUACAUUUUCACAAUUCUGUUACUGUGCAUAUAGCAGCAAAAGAGCAAACUUUGGAAGCAAUAAUGAAAAAUGUCUUUCUUUCCCUAUUAAAGGGACACUAUAGUCACCCAGACCACUUCAGUUCAAUGAAGUGGUCUGGGUGCCAGGUCCCCCAGGUUUUAACCCUUCAGAUGUAAAC